CAUACGGGUGAAAAGCCGUUUUCAUGUGUGAACUGUGGAAAAUGUUUUAGUCACAAACAGCAUUUAACUCGGCACGUGAUGAUUCACACAGGUGAAAAGCCGUUUUCAUGUGUGAACUGUGGAAAAGGUUUUAGUCGAAAACUUAGUUUAACUCAGCACAUGAUGAUUCACACUGGUGAAAAGCCGUUUUCAUGUGUGACCUGUGGAAAAGGUUUUUGUCAAAAACAGGUUUUAACUCAGCACAUGAUGAUUCACACAGGUGAAAAGCCGUUUUCAUGUGUGACCUGUGGAAAAGGUUUUUGUCAAAAACAGGUUUUAACUCAGCACAUGAUGAUUCACACAGGUGAAAAGCCGUUUUCAUGUGUGACCUGUGGAAAAGGUUUUUCUCACAAACAGGUUUUAACUUGGCACAUGAUGACUCACACUGGUGAAAAGCCGUUUUCAUGUGUGAAAUGUGGAAAAGGUUUUAGUCGAAAACUUAGUUUAACUCAGCACAUGAUGAUUCACACUGGUGAAAAGCCGUUUUCAUGUGUGAACUGUGGAAAAGGUUUUAGUCGAAAACUUAGUUUAACUGAACACAUGAUGAUUCACACUGGUGAAAAGCCGUUUUCAUGUGUGACCUGUGGAAAAGGUUUUUGUCAAAAACAGGUUUUAACUCUGCACAUGAGGAUUCACACUGGUGAAAAGCCGUUUUCAUGUGUGACCUGUGGAAAAGGUUUUAGUCAAAAACAUCAUUUAACUCAGCACAUGAUGAUUCACACUGGUGAAAAGCCGUUUUCAUGUGUGAACUGUGGAAAAGGUUUUAGUCAAAAACAGAAUUUAACUCAGCACAUGAUGAUUCACACUGGUGAAAAGCCGUUUUCAUGUGUGAAAUGUGGAAAAGGUUUUAGUCAAAAACAGGAUAUAACUCGGCACAUGAUGAUUCACACUGGUGAAAAGCCGUUUUCAUGUGUGAAAUGUGGAAAAGGUUUUAGUCAAAAACAGGAUAUAACUCGGCACAUGAUGAUUCACACUGGUGAAAAGCCGUUUUCAUGUGUGAACUGUGGAAAAAGUUUUAGUAAUAAACAGCAUUUAACUCAGCACAUGAUGAUUCACACUGGUGAAAAGCCGUUUUCAUGUGUAACCUGUGGAAAAAGUUUUAGUAAUAAACAGAAUUUAACUCGGCACAUGAUAAUUCACACUGGUGAAAAGCCGUUUUCAUGUGUGAACUGUGGAAAAAGUUUUAGUAAUAAACAGCAUUUAACUCAGCACAUGAUGAUUCACACUGGUGAAAAGCCGUUUUCAUGUGGCAAUUGUGGAAAAAGUUUUAGUCAAAAACAGUAUUUAACUCGGCACAUGACGAUUCACAAUGGUGAAAAGCCGUUUUCAUGUGUGAACUGUGGAAAAAGUUUUAGUCAAAAACAGCAUUUAACUCGGCACAUGAUGAUUCACACUGGUGAAAAGCCGUUUUCAUGUGUGAACUGUGGAAAAAGUUUUAGUCAAAAACAGGAUUUAACUAAGCAUAUGAUGAUUCACACAGGUGAAAAGCCGUUUUCAUGUGUGAAAUGUGGAAAAAGUUUUAGUCAUAAACAGGAUUUAACUCGGCACAUGAUGAUUCACACUGGUGAAAAGCCGUUUUCAUGUGUGAAAUGUGGAAAAAGUUUUAGUCAAAAACAGCAUUUAACUCGGCACAUGAUGAUUCACACUGGUGAAAAGCCGUUUUCAUGUGUGAACUGUGGAAAAAUCUUUAGUUUCAAAGGUAGUUUGACUCGCCACGAGGCGUCACACAGUUGAAAAGCAGUAGAAGUAUUUUCCAUACAUGUUCUAUGUUGAGGUUCACUAUAGAACUGAUUUGGUUUAAAACUAGAAUGAAAGACUGGAGGGGUUUCAUGU